AUGUUACCAACUCCCACUGUUAGAUCACUAGAUGAAAAGGUGUAUGAUCCUGCUGAAGACUCGUUUCUAUUGCUAGACUGCUUCGAGCAAGAUCAAGGAUACUUGUUGGAAAAGUUCCCGCCGCCACAUACGAUUCCACUAGUUGUCGAAAUUGGUGCUGGUUCUGGGAUAGUUACGACGUUUGUGAAGCAGAACAUUCUUAAAGAUGGUAUUUACAUAGCUACAGAUUUAAAUCCUCAUGCUUGUAAAGCAGUUCUUGAGACGGCAGAGGAGAACAGAGUAGACGAUGAGAAGCUUGAAUCCUGUCAAAUGGACUUGACCAAUGGCAUUAAGAACAAACAUGUAGACGUAUUGAUAUUCAAUCCACCAUACGUACCUGCCGACGAAGUACCUGCGGUCCCAGAAACUGAUGAUGACGAGUCUUGGUUGGACCUAGCGUUAUGCGGAGGGCCACAGGGCAUGGAUGUUACUUGGAAGGUUUUACAUGGAUUGGAAACUACCCUAUCCAAAAAUGGUUUAGCGUAUAUUUUGUUUUGCGCUAGAAACAAUCCCAUGGAUGUGAAAAGAGACAUGGAGCAACUAGGAUGGAAGGUAGACAAAAUCAUUGAGAGGAAAGCAGGAUGGGAAGUUUUGUCUAUCUUGAGGUUCCAAAAGACAUAG